CCGGCAGUAAGAUGGCGGCUGUUGACUGUGAUGUACCCAUGGAGCCGGAGCCGCAAAUAAUGAGUGAAGAGGAGAUAGAGCGGGAAGCCGAGUGCUUCAAAGAACAAGGGAAUGCCUAUUACAUCAAGAAGGAUUACUCUGAAGCAUUUAACUACUACACAAAGGCUAUAGACACCUGCCCAAAAAAUGCCAGUUACUAUGGGAACAGGGCCGCCACCCUGAUGAUGCUGUGCCGAUUCAGGGAAGCGUUGGAGGACUCCCAGCAGGCUGUACGGCUGGAUGACUGCUUUAUGAAGGGUCAUUUGCGAGAGGGGAAGUGUCACUUAUCUCUGGGAAAUGCCAUGGCUGCCAGCCGUUGCUUUCAGAAGGUUCUAGAACUGGAACCUGACAACAGCCAGGCGCAGCAGGAGGAUAAGAAUGCAGAGGCUGUGAUGGACUAUGAGAAGAUGGCAGAGUUUGACUUUGAAAAAAGGGAUUUCAGGAAGGUGGUCUACUGCAUGGACCGUGCCUUGGAGUUUGCCCCUGCCUGCCACCGCUUCAAAAUCCUGAAGGCCGAAUGUCUGGCCCUGCUGGGGCGCUACCCCGAAGCACAGUCUGUGGCCAGCGACAUCCUACGGAUGGACUCCACCAAUGGUGACGCGCUGUACGUGCGCGGCCUGUGCCUGUACUAUGAGGACUGCAUCGACAAGGCCGUGCAGUUCUUUGUGCAGGCCCUGCGCAUGGCCCCCGACCACGAGAAGGCCCGUCUGGCCUGCAGAAAUGCCAAAGCCCUGAAAGCCAAGAAGGAGGAGGGGAACAAAGCCUUUAAGGAUGGUAACUAUGAGGCGGCCUAUGAGCUGUACACGGAGGCGCUGACAAUAGACCCCAACAACAUCAAAACCAACGCCAAGCUCUACUGCAACAGGGGCACUGUGGGCAUAAAGCUGAAAAAAACAGAACAAGCCAUUGAUGACUGCACCAACGCCAUCAAGCUUGACGAAACAUAUAUCAAGGCCUACUUGAGGAGAGCACAGUGUUAUAUGGACACAGAGCAGUAUGAGGAGGCUGUGCGGGACUAUGAGAAGGUCUAUCAGACAGAGAAGACAAAAGAACACAAACACCUCCUGAAAAACGCACAGUUGGAGCUGAAGAAGAGCAAGCGGAAAGAUUACUACAAGGUCCUGGGAGUGGGCAAGAAUGCCACAGAAGAUGAAAUAAAGAAGGCGUACCGGAAACGGGCCCUCAUGCACCACCCAGAUCGACACAGUGCAGCCACCCCUGAGGUGCAGAAGGAGGAGGAAAAGAAGUUCAAGGAAGUGGGUGAGGCCUUCACUGUGCUCUCUGACCCCAAGAAGAAGUCCCGAUACGACAGUGGCCACGACCUAGAAGAUGAUGGCAUGAGCGCAGGAGAUUUUGAUGCCAACAACAUCUUCAAGGCCUUCUUCGGAGGGCCAGGGGGUUUCAGUUUCGAAGGUAAUUCAUCAUCCGGACCAGGAAAUUUCUUUUUCCAGUUUGGCUAAAAUGGAGGAGCCCAGUGUGAAUGCAGUAGCCCCGUCACGGACAUUAUUCACUUGCCUACUGACCUAAUUUCAAUGUUCCUGACAUUUGUGUUCCUCUCAUGCCAUGAAGGGAUUAAUGCUCUUGAUCAGAGAGCUAACAAAAAUGUAAAAUGAAAUGAACAUACCAGUUUCUAUUUUAAUUUGACAUUUUCCCAAAAGUCAUGAACUUUUAAAGAAUUUGACUAUGAUUACUGCAUCAGUGCAGAACUUGGCCAUUGAUUUCCAAAUUCCACUGAGCAAAGUAGUUAGCAUGCUGUCCUUUUUUUAAGACAAAGAAAUAACAAAUUUUGUAAGUAAUGGCAUCAGUAUGCAUCAAACACAGUAAAGAGUGGACAUUUUUCCACAAGAGUAGUAUACAGCUGCUCAAGAUGACAACAGAGCUGAAAUGUCAACAGAACUAUCUUCCAUUGUACAGACCUGGGGGCAAAAUAUUUGUACUGUCUGAAGCUGUCAGCCGCUUUUACCUGAAAUUUGUAACAAAAAAGAUGAAGCCAAUUCAGGUGUAUAAACAUGCAGGGGGUAUGCAAAACUUGAAUCCCAUUGUAGCCUUCCAUGAUUCAUUGUCCUAGCAGUAUUCACAAAGCAUGUCUAAGUUUGAAAGCAAGGUCAUUCGAAGGAAUGAACCGAUUAAAAAUAUAUUGGUUACAAAAACUGUGACAAGUUUCACUCUGUGGAUGAAGUUUUUGUGGAUACAGCUCUGUUAUUAUGUCUUUAGGAACAAAUGUAUAUUUUACAUGUUGGGGGGGUAGUUAAUGUCUCAUUCAGAUUUGCUCAUUACGGCAUUGUACAUUUUACUGGAAUGUAAAGUGUUGAUUUGUGUUGAUAGUUGACCAUUUUUGUUUUGUUUUUUUGGAUAUAUUUAUUGUAAAUUCACAAAUCGCUGUCAUCACACCUUAGAAGUGUGGGUGUUCUUCUGGACUGGAAUGGAUCUUCAGAGAAUUUCAGAUAUGUCUACCCAUAAUGUAAAACCACUUUUCAUCUGAGGUCCAAAGUCAGUAUGUAUAAAGAUAGUUUAUCUUGUGUAGCCCUUUCAAUAUGUCCUUCUGUCCAAUAUGUCCAAUAUUCAGUUAUCAUUGUAAUUGUCUUGCUUUGCUGUUGGUCCUCAGCAAUUGCUGUUUAAUUUCCAUGAAUUUUAAGAUGUGUUCUCAUGUCUAGUCUUUUUCCCCUUUUCCUUUGCAUGGGCUCUUUUCAAAUUAGUACUGAAGACUAAGCCUCCUGUUGAUCAGUCAGGUCUUCGCAAUGAAGUGGUGCCUUACAUGUCUUGCAUAAAGGUUACUGCUGAGAACUGCUGUGCUCCAGUGUAUGCACACACAAGUAUAGUGAAGAUUGGUUUCAUUUUACUGCUCUGUUUGCAGAAAACAAACCAUAAUGUGAAAAUAAUGAGAGAUGACAAGAGAUGAGAUAUGCUUUGUAAGAAUGUGUUCUGUAGUGUUCAAAGCCAGGAUAUCUGAAUGGACCACUUCCUCCUGCAUGGCUUCUGUCAGCUGGCUGUUUAUGCUCUUAUGUUGUGGAAGAUCCCACUGCGGGGACUUGAUGUUAUGACAGACUUGUCUCCCACAUUGGGGAUCUGUUCCAGUCAGGGGUCAUGUUAUUGUCGCCACUUUGUACAUGUGCCUGUCGUGCACUGAGGCAAUGGGAAGAUGUUUCAGUCCUGUAUGAUUCCUUCCCACCUGGAUUAAGCAGGUGGAAUGUAACAGUAUGUGAAGCAAAACACUGUACAUUGUAAUCAGCAGAUGUACUCAUGAACCAUUUUUAUAAUGAAUAUACAGCUGUAGUAAUCUGGGAGUGCUGCCGUACUUUUUGUUGUUGUUUUGGUUAUAGGGAAUAAAGUUUCAUCUUUUACUCUGAGUCUUCUUUUUAUGUUAUUUCAGGGUGGUAAAGAUGGGUAAAAUAAUACUUCUGCAGUCCAAAUAGAAUAUUCAAAUAGCUUCUUCAAGAGAAUAACAUUAAUGCCCACAAUUACCAUGUCAU